CUGAGCUCGCGGACGUAGGAUCGGCCCGAUGGCAAGCCUCGCGCUUUGUAGUCAUAUAUGCGGAAGCUGACUGCGGCAAGUAGAUGCUGGGUCUCUUGAUGAACUGGGGACUCUUGGGGGUGUUGACGAACCAGACGUACAUGUACCAUAUUUAUUAUCCGCACGACAGGCUCUCUCUGCAAUGCCUAGUCUAUGGCACACUCAUUUUCGAGUGGGUUCAGACGGGCCUGCUGACAGCUGCGUCGUUCGACAACUACGUGUAUGACUAUGGAGAACUCGACGCCCUGGUAGCCAUCAACAACUCAUGGUUCAGCGUGUCUGUCAUGAGCGCAGUAAUAGCCCUCGUGGUGCAAGUCUUCUAUGCAUGGCGCAUCUUGCGCCUCAGCGGCUCCCGCAUACUGUCGGGAAUCAUCGCCGUACUGGCGGUAGCGCAAGCUGCAGGGGGUAUCGCGUUCGGAGCUCAGAUGAAAAUAUAUAACCCGUCACUUCUCAAUCUCUCACAAUUCAAGGGCCCGGUGAUCACUUGGUUGCUAGGGAGCAUUCUCGCGGACAUACUAAUCGCUGUGUCUAUGACGAUAUUGAUCUUGAAGAGGAAGGCGGGGCAAUAUAGCAGCACCGACAGAACACUAGACAGAAUCGUCCGGCUAACCGUUGAAACCGGAACUAUGACGGCGAGCAUAGCCGCGGCUGAUGUCAUUCUGUGUUUGGCGUGUCCCAACAGGCUCUACUAUCUUGCACCGUAAGUGUCUGGAUAGUGAUCAUUAUCUACCGACCUCACCCCAUCGCGCAGAGCAGAAAUCUUGAGCAAGGUGUACGUCGCUACUCUACUUCUGCUUGGCUCUGAACUCAUCAUGCCCACCUAGCUAUGCCAAUUCUCUCCUGACGAACCUUAUCAACCGCGCAUUCGUAAAACGCUCAGAUUCAACUCUGUCCACGCACGGCGGACGACUGUCGUUCGCGAUUAGCCAGGAGCCCCAUACGACCGUUGAGAUCGUGA